GCCCCGGGAACCGGCGAGUCCCUUGAGCCCUGCCCUGCCCGGCCCGCCGCAUCCGCCGCGUCCGCCAUGGCGUUCCCAGCCAUGCUCCGCCGGCCCCUCGCCGCCGCCGCCCGCCUGGCCCGGGCCCGGGCCGGCCCGCAGGUACUCCUUGCUACAGGGCCCAGACAAGACAGCAGUGUUUUCUACGAAUUUCGCACAUAUGACAUUAAGCCAUCGAAGAUGAAGGAGUUUCUGGAAAUGGUCAACAAGUACUUUCACUUUCGCACAGCUCACUCCGAGCUGGUGGGAUUCUGGUACACGGAGCUGGGAGCACUGAAUAAGGUGUUCCACAUUUGGAAGUACGAUAAUUUUGCUCACAGAACAGCAGUCCGGCAAGCGCUAGCCCAAGACAAAGACUGGCAGGGGAAAUUUAUAUCUGCGGCUCUCCCCCUGAUGGAGAAGCAGCACAAUGAGGUCGCUUAUCUGGUACCUUGGUGUCAACUUGGAAAGCCUCCAAAAGAAGGGGGGGUAUAUGAAUGGGUUACUUUCCAGAUGAAGCCUGGGGGGCCAGCACUGUGGGGUGAAGCAUUUCGAGCUGCAAUCAAUGCUCACAUCAACACAGGCUAUACCAAGCUGAUUGGUGUUUUCCAUACAGAAUAUGGAUUACUUAACAGAGUCCAUGUGUUGUGGUGGAACGAGAGCCCAGAUCACCGGGCAGCGGGAAGACACAGGGCCCAUGAAGAUGCCAGAGUCGUAGCAGCUGUGCGCGACAGUGUCAGGUUCUUGGAGUCCCAGCAAAAUGCACUUCUGAUUCCUGUGCCGUGCUCACCGCUGAAAUAACCUUCUUCUAAAGGAUGUAACUGAUGGCAGAAGAGACAAGAUGCAAGUGCUGUCAGCAGGUGACAUGGAUUCCCGUACCCUCGUGAACUGAGCUGUUCUUCAAUUGACCAAAAAUGGAUGCAAAAUGCUGAUCACUAGCAAUGUAAAUCAGCACCCUGCUAGCAGUUGUUAAAAAGAAGUUUAUGAUGUUGUUCCUACAUCUCCAGGAAAAAGAACUUGAGCCGUAUCACAUAUGACACGAACCACACUUCACCAGUCUUUCAUGUUAACCCCUAAGUUCUUAACACUUUUUUUUAAUAGCUAGAUCCCUUGUCAAACCUACUAAGUGUUCUUUUACAACACUGCUGUUGGGGAUGGUAUCAUUUUGAUAACAUACUUUGGUGCUUCUUAUAAUUAUCACAUUGUGGUUAUUCCAUACUGGUUUAAGAAGGGAUGCUCCCUCAUAUAUCUUAGCCAGUUAUGUUUUAUUUUAAUCAGACAUCUCAUGGGGAUAUUCUGUAUUAAUCCUGAGCAAAGUAGAACAUCAGUGUAGCUGGAGUUGGACUUGGGUGCUACAGUGGAGCUGGUCAGGUGGUGUGGAGCACCCUCUUCUGCAAUUUAUAGGUACUAACUAUAAAUUGCAAAGCACUUGGGAGGCUAUUCCAUACGUUAAUCACAGACCUGCAACAAGCAAUUGAUUUAAUUUGUCUACUUAGGUAUCUUUUGUGCAGUUUGCCUAAUGAUUAUUGCUUGCUUUAAGUGCACUAAGAUCUCAUAGAAAGUGCUAAAAAACAGCCACAGGCAAUUAUGCUUAUGUCCAAAGUACAACUUAGGUCUCUGUAAUGAAAAUUCAGAGACAGGUGCUUGAGUUGGGAUUUAAACAUCCAGAGAAGUUUGUUAUGCUCUGCAGCUGUAUUUGACAAAUAAACCAAACACUGUUUGAAAACACUGUU